GGGUCUCUCCAAGUCUCCAAAUGCAGUCCACAGCUAAUGAGACUGUUGCUCGAAUCAGACGUGGUCUCAGCAAAGUAGAGACUGUGCCAAAAUCUAUGUGGUGCUGCAGCCCUGGGGAAUGCCAUGUGCAGCUGGCUGAGGCGUUUCCUGACGUAUGGAGCAAAUGAGGUCUCAGGAGGUCUCUCAACGAGGUGGCUCUGCAACGUCUCCGUGAGGUUUGCUUGGUGAAAGCUUUUCCUUUUUAGAAAUGCAUGUUCUGCGAGUAGCAGCUGGCUCCCUGGUACCUUUGUUGAGUCGUAGUUGUCUUUUAAACUGACAUGGACCUGAUGUGAGACAAGUGUGGGUCUGGCAGAAAGCUGAUCUGAAUAUAACAGCAGAACCUUGAGGUCUGACUGCUCUUUGAAGCCAUCUGGGAUGUGAUGCAGGUGUUUUUGUGCUCCUCAGUCCUGAUGUGUUUCCUUCCAUCAGUCCAGUUCCUCUGCUACGGCCAGCGAGAUCACUGAACCCUGUGAGCUGGCUGGUGAGCCCGAGAGGAAGUGUCCUGUGGCGCUGAGCGUUUCUCCCCACUGAGUCUGUGUUGCCCAUUUCUGGCUCAAUGACCUCAUGUUGCCGAUGGCUUUACUUUCCAUCUAGAAUCCCAGGCGACCGAUGGACAGCAGCUGCACCCCACCUGCCAAGCGGCUCAAAGCGGGGAUGCACAGCGUCCCCUGCAGCGCCGGGCAGGGGCAGCCGCAGCAGCAGCCCAGAGCUCUGGAGAAUGGCACCGCUCCCAGUAAAUCUGCAUCCCCGCAGCCAGGGAGGGGAAAGAAGAAGGCAGGACCGCCGAUCCCCGCCGCGCACGUGGCACCGGCAGCGGAACGGCCUGCCAGGAAGCGACGGGCCGUCUCCUUCCCUCCGGGAUCGGUGGAAGCUGCCAAGCCGGUGUUACAGAAAAGGAGGCGGCUGACAGCAGCAGAUGUUGGAGCUCCUGCAGCCUGGAGGGUGAUGAUGUCCCUGAAGUCUGGGCUGCUCGCUGAAAGCACGUGGGCCUUAGACACCAUAACUGCCCUGCUCCACGAUGACAGCAGCGUCGCGUCCUUUGACCUCAGGCAGCUGCCCGGCCUGCUGGAAGUCCUGGUGGAGUAUUUGCGGCGCUGCCUGAUCGAGGUCUUUGGAAUCCUGGAGGAGUACGAGGUGGGUAUUUGCCCAGGGCAAAGCUCACUGUGUGGGUUGGAGAGCGCCCACCUGCUCUGGCAGCUUGGCGGCGGAGAUACCACUGAGCACAUCCAGACCCACUUGGAGAGCAAGAGAGAGCGCUCCGCGGCUGAGAGCAAUGGAAAUGCUCGGGAAGGGCAGGCUGCUCCAUCUGACAGCUCCUCAGCAAUUGUGGAGGAUGAGCCUCGCAGCAGAGACGAGGCACUGCUCUGCCUCACCCACGACUGGCAGGACUCUGUGGCGAAGCGCUGCAUCUGUGUCUCCAACAUCAUCAGGAGCUUGUCGUUUGUGCCGGGCAAUGACGCCGAGAUGUGCAAACACGCUGGGCUGCUGCUGAUCUUGGGGAAACUGCUGCUCUUACACCAUGAGCACCCAGAGCGCAAGCAGGCAGCCCUGAGCUUGGAGAGAGAGGAGCUGGAGCAGGACCAGGGGCUGAGCUGCGGCCAGGAGGAGUGGUGGCGGGACUGCCUGCAGGAACUGCGUGAGAACACACUGGUGACGCUGGCCAACAUUUCCGGCCAGCUGGACCUGUCCCCUCUCCCAGAAAGCCUCUGCUUGCCCAUCGUGGACGGACUCCUCCACUGGGCAGUGUGUCCAUCAGCAGAGGCCCAGGACCCUUUUCCAGCACUGGGGUUGAAUGCCGUCCUCUCCCCUCGGAGCCUGGCUUUGGAAACGCUCAGCAAACUGAGCACCCGGGACACCAACGUGGAUUUGAUCCUCGCGGCUCCCCCCACCAGCCGCUUGGAGAUGCUGUACAGCAGCCUGCUGCGUUUGCUCCGCGACAGAGAGAGCCCAGUGUGCAGAGAGAUGGCGGUGGUCCUACUGGCCGCCUUGGCACAGGGGGACAGCCUGGCAGCGAGGGCGAUUGCCUCGCAGGAGAGGAGCGUCGGCGACUUGCUGGGCUUCUUGGAGGACGGCCUGGCCGCCGCGCGGUGCCAGCAGAGCCAGGCCGGCCCGGUGCCCGAGCAGAACGCGCCCUGCGAGCCGCCGAGCGUGGACAUGAUGCGCCGAGCGGCUCGGGCGCUGCUCGCCCUGGCUGAGGUGGGCGAGAGCCGCUCGCAGUUCACGCUGCACGAGUCGCGGCUGUUGGACAUCUCCGUGUCGCCCACGGUGGAUUCCUUGGUCUCCCAGGUUAUCUGCGACGUGCUGUUCUUCAUUGCCCGGCCCUGACAGCUGCGGGGUGCAGCUCACCCUGCGUGAGCGUGCGUGAGCGGAGAACUGAGAAGCCGACGGUUGCCCUUUAUUUAUGCACAGCCACCUCGGGAAUCCGCUGCCUGCCCUGCGCUGUCCUGCUUCUCUCUUGGAGGAUGAUGUCCCCAUUUCCUUUCCCCUUCUCCUUCAAAUUUCUUCAAAUUUGUCCCAAAUCCCUCAUUAAAAGACACAAAAUUCUUUCUACGCGGAGGACUCUCACAUUUUGUUUUAGCCAAAGUUACUGUCUUCUACUGUGCGUGUGGGGAGAACAACUUGUCCCCCUUUCCCCACCCCUUUCUAGCAUGACGAGUCACCGCGCUGAUGACCUGCAGAGCGAGAUGCAGGGAUUUGAUCUCUUGCCAGGCGUCCCUCCCUGGGGGAUGCUGUACAGGGCUCUGCCUUUUCAGUCAUUGCUGCCUCAGCACCACUCAACUUGCAGUGUCUUUUUCCUGCUUUUGUUUCCUUUCUAAUUGAGGUGUGAGAAAGCCCUAGGACU